AUGCCGAGCCGGACAGACAAGCGCGACCAAUUAGUUCUGGGCUCGUCACUCACCGGCUUUGUGAUUGAUUUCAUCGAUGGGGUAGAUGCGAAGGGGAUUAAUCCGAAGACAUAUCCAUAUAAUUGGAACCAGGAGCAUUCCGCCACCGAGUAUGCCUGUCUUCGGGCGCAUCUCAACGCAGCCCAACGAAUUGUCCAGGAAGGACUACGUACUGCUCUCAUACUCGAGGACGAUGUUGAUUGGGACGUCUCCAUCAAGCCCCAACUACAAACUUUCGCACACGCCGUUCGAACCCUCCAAAAUACAGUUUACGCUCCGACAGAGUCCCCAUACGGUGACGAGUGGGACAUUCUAUGGCUAGGACACUGUGGUGCCUCGUGCAAGACCGAACAGCCCUUCUACAUGAUCCCAAAUGACCCAACGCUUCCUAAACCAACCCAUCUCCCGACCUAUUAUCAUGGCCCGCCUGAGAAUGUGAGACCAGACAGCACCCGACUUGUAUGCACACUACAAGAUGCCGCCUGCACACCUGCAUAUGCCAUGAGCUACCGUGGUGCCCAGCGUAUCCUCGCCGCACUCUCCGUGAACCCGUCCGGCUUCGCCGAUAAGGUACAGACCGGCGACCAGAUCGACCUUGAGCUUGGUCGCAUGUGUAAGAGUGGCUUACUCAAAUGCUUUGCGCCGUACCCGGCUUUGGCAGGAACAUAUCGAUCUGCUGGGCUGUCCUCUAAGGGCACUGAUCAGAGUGGGCAUGACCGUGCCGCUCAAAUAGAGCCUGCUACCAGCUGGGGUCUGGUCUACAGUACCAUGCUUAAUAUCAAGCACAUUUUGCAAGGCGAGCGGGUUGUCCAUUCCACAUGGUCUGAUGUUGAUCAUCCUGUUAUCAACCCGGAGGAUAUACAUUUCGAAAGCGGGUAUAUCUAUUCCUGUCGACCGGAACACGAUUCAAAUCCAGUUUCGACGACCGAAAAGGAAGUCGUCAAUGAAUCUGUCUUUGCAGAUGAAGCGAGUUUCACAGAUGAGCCAUAA